AUGCAGUUGCUCUUGUCUUUGGCGUCGUUUGCAGCGGCAGCAUGGGGCCUUGUCGUCCUCGAAGAGCUGCCCCACGUUCCGCACGGAUGGAACGCUGUAGGACGAGUUCACGAUAACAGCUCAGUGACACUGCACGCUGCCUUGAAAUACCAAAAUCUCGACCGCCUAGAAGCCGAGCUGGCAGCAGUUUCAACGCCUUGCAGCCCACGGUAUGGCCAAUAUCAAGACUUGAGACACCAAUGGGGCAUGUUCGGACCAUCCAACGAAUCGGACAGUAAAGUGAGAAAUUGGCUCCAACGGAGCGGCACACAGGACAUUCAAAGCGAUGGCCAAACAGUCUCGUUCAAGACCACGGUGGGACAUGCAAAGUCCAUGUUGAACGCCGAUUUCCAAGUCUACAAGAGGGGAAGCGAAGCCCGGCUGAGGACCAGAGCUUACUCUGUUCCCGACGACCUGGCCGAUCACAUUGACCUGAUUGCACCGACGACAUACUUCGGCAGCAUGCAGCCCCAUUCUGUCAUCCCGGAAAGAAUCCCAAUGGACAGCCUGGAACAACAGACCAAGCGAGAUGAGCUCGAGGAGCACACGAAGCGAGACAAUCUCCAGCCAUCAUGCUUGACGACAUAUGUUUCUAGUCGGACGAACCGAACAUAUGAAGCCAUUACCCCGGAGUGCCUGAAGCAGCUGUACAACACCGUCGGCUACGAUGCAGAUCCAAAAUCUGGCAGCAAUAUCGCAUUUGCCAAUUUCUUGGAGGAGAGCCCCAGUUACUCGGACUUGCAUCUGUUCGAGAAGGAGUUCAAUAUCCCACAGCAAGACUUCGAGAUUCUGGCGCUGAUCAAUGGCGGCGUGAACGACCAAGAUCCUCAGACAGAGACCGAUGGUGAGGCCAACCUGGAUGUUCAGAAUAUCAUUGGUCUGGUCGAUGGCCUUCCUGUCUACACAUACAUUACCGGAGGUCGUGGCCCUCUCGUUCCGGAUUUGCUCAGCCCAAAUGCAUCGGCUGAUACAAACGAGCCGUAUUUGGAGUACUUUUCAUACCUACUUCGCCAACCAAACUCCAAGAUCCCACAUGUGUUAUCCCACAGCUACGGCGAUCACGAGAACACGGUGCCAGAACGCUAUGCUGCUCGAAUCUGCAACCAGGCCGGCUUGCUGGGACUUCGCGGCCGUAGCGUCCUCUUCUCGACGGGAGACGAAGGAACUGGAGCAGUCUGUCGCGAUAACAGCGGUGGUAAUCUUUACGGCCAUCCUGAGUUCACUCCUCAAUUCCCAGGAACAUGCCCUUAUGUUACGGCUGUCGGCGGCACCCAAGCUUACAACCCAGAAGUAGCAUGGAACGCAACAGGAUCUGGGUUCAGCCGUUACUUCCCGACUGCAUUCUACCAGAAGAAUGCAGUCAACAAGUACCUGUCAACAUAUAUCAACCCGGAAGCGAAGGCAUACUAUCAGGCCAACAACUACACCGACUUCCAAGGGCGAGGAGUUCCAGAUGUGGCUGCCCAUAGUCUUUAUCCUUACUACCUGAUUUAUGUUAACGGGAGCCGAGCUCUUUCCGGUGGAACAUCCGCAGCUGUUCCUGUGUUCAGCUCCAUCGUGGCACUUCUGAACGACGCACGCUUCCGCGCCGGCAAGCCGGCCUUGGGCUUCCUGAACCCAUGGUUGUACAGCUCUGCCUCUGCACUCGACGACGUCACUCAAGGGGCUGCAGUGGGCUGUAACGGUGUCGAUCUCCAGAACAGCAAUCCAGUUCCAGGGGGUGGUAUUAUUCCGUAUGCCAGCUGGAACGCCACUGUGGCAUGGGAUCCUGCGACGGGUCUCGGCACACCCGAUUUCCAGAAGAUGAAGUCUUCAGCGUUGGCUGGAUGUCCCGGCAAGAACGGUGGUGGUUGGCACUGGGGUUGGAAUGGUGGCCAUGGGUGGUAA